GGACGCCCUGACAAAGAUGAAAGACGUGUACAUAAAGAACCCUCAGAUGGGAGACCCAGCCAGCGUCGACCCACGCCUCACAGAGAUUGGCCAAAACAUCGAAAAGCUCCAAUCUGAAGUGCAGAAAUUCGAGGGCUGGUUAGCCGAGGUGGAGGAGAGGAUGCCGUCUAAGAGUGACUCAAACCGCAGAAGUGGAUUCUUCGAGACCCAGAACAGCACAGCAGUGAGCAAUAACUGCGCGCAGAACAGAGAGAGCCCGGAUGGCAGCUACACGGAGGAGCAGAGCUCAGAAACUCACGUCAAAGCCAACAUCAACCCCACCUCCACCACUCCUGACAUUGAUGAUGAGUUCGAUGAAGACGUGCUGCCCACCAUCGGCACCUGCAAAGCCUUGUACCCGUUUGAAGGUCAUAACGAGGGCACCAUCGCCGUGGCCGAAGGCGAGCUGCUGUACGUUAUAGAAGAAGACAAAGGCGACGGCUGGACGAGAGUUCGGAGGAAUGAGGAUGAGGAGGGAUACGUCCCCACAUCUUACGUUGAGGUCUUUUUGGAAACAAAUGCCAAAGGUGCUAUGACAUACAUUUAACUCAGCUGGUUUAUGCUGUGACAGGUUUUUUUUUUGUUGUUGUUGUUCAUUUUGUUACACUUUGUAUGUUUCGACUCAUGUGCUAAAUGAGCAGGAAGGAGAUUAGAUUGAUCCUGAUCGCUCAGACGAACACACUUCCUGUCUCUGCAAAAGCAAAGGACCAAUCUGAUUUAUUUGUUGUGCCUCAGGACGGUUGUGGCCAACAGCGUGAAUGUGGCUCUGCAGCUCACAGUGUUUCAUAAUGUUUCACAAGUGUUGCUUGAGCAAAUCGAAGGCAAUUAUGUGAAAAUACGGAAGAGGAGCCUCUCACUGCAGUGCCACCUAGUGGUCACGUGUAUACGUAGUAACCACUUGGCAUCCUCAUUUCCUUUUAUAUACCGUUUAAUUAUAAAAGCUGAUGACUUUUGAACAAACGUGGUGUUUAAUGAAGGAUAGGAAGAAAAAACAUCCUGCACAUUUGCUGUUUUUCUGUUCGCACCUGUAAGGACAGCAUGCUCAGCUUACAAUCAUGCAAACACCCUUCAGAUCUGUUGUAAACGAAGGAACACUUCUUAAGAGUUAUUUUUCUAGGCUGAAAUAAAAAAAAAUGUAGACCUCC